AUGGAGUUUGGACAUAAGCUGUGUGGCCAUGAAAACCUUCUUGCGGUCCGAAAGUACGAUGAAACGUACCGCCGUCAGCGCAAACUUAUUAAUAGACAACUCGGCACCAAAUCUGACGCCGAGCCAUAUCAUGAUAUGAUGGAAGCAGAAGCUGGUCGAUUUCUUGUCCGAUCUUUGGAGAAGCCGAAAGGUCUCAUGCAACAUCUCAGAACGGCGACAGGUGCGACUAUCCUCAGAUUAACAUAUGGGUAUUGCAUCCAGACCAAUGAAGAAGACCCCUUGGUUGACCUUGUGGAGCGCGUGACGCGCAAUAUCUCGGAUGCGUUUAUGCCCAUGGCUUGGCUUAUUGAUAUCAUACCGGCUGUACAGUGCCUACCAGAUGGUUUCCCCGGCACUGCAUUUAAAGAAACAGCACGACAAUGGAAUAGCUUCAGCCAGGAAGUGGCAGAUAUCCCCUACUCGUUUGUUCGCAACCAGAUGAAAAUUGGGAGUCACCGACCAUCUUACAUUUCGCGGAUCCUUGAGGAAAGAAGCAGUUCUGCCAUGGUUAUGUUCCCUGACGUCCAGCGAAAAGCACAAGAAGAGAUCGACAUGGUGACCGAGUGCAACAGCCUUCCCGGAUUCGAGGAUCGCGAUAAACUGCCAUACCUUGAGGCUGUAAUUAAAGAGGUUUAUCGAUGGUCUGUGGUUGUGCCGAUGGGGUUUCCGCACGUGUUAGAGGAGGAUAUGGUCUAUAACGGAUAUUUCAUACCAAAAGGGGCAUACUUAUUGCCUGCAACAUGGUGGUUUUGCCAUGAUCCUGAAGUCUACACAAAUCCAGCAGUCUUUAAUCCAGAUCGGUUCUUAAAGCCUCGCGAUGAACCAGAUCCCAGGGCCGUGAUUUUUGGGUUUGGCCGCAGAAAAUGCCCAGGCAGAUACAUCACCGAAUCGAGCAUCUUCAUAACCAUCGCCCAGACACUUGCUGCGUUUCGUAUCAAAAAUGCUGUGGAUACCCAAGGAUUCGAGAUACCGGUUGAACUAGAUGUCACACCAUCGCUUAUCAGCCACCCCAAGGAUUUUCUCUAUGACAUCGUGCCAAAGAGUCCAAAGCACGAACAACUCAUUCAGGCUAUUAAUACCGAGCACUCUUACGAGAAGAGCGAUACUUCUCUUCUUGACAAAGCUAGGACUAACAAAUUUACUACGCAGCAGGGCGUGGGAUGGACCACUGGAAUCACUGCAGAGGUAUGCGGUGAGAGCAGCAGUGAGCGUACUUAG